GGCUUGUGGUCCACCCAGUUAUUUUUCGUCCGCUCCUGGUUCACAACGAUUUGAAUGUAAAUACUCAGACAUGAAACUUGAGCUGAAUUUUCUUUAUGACCUCCAUCAUGAAAAAAAAAACAGUAUGUUAAAAACCCCAACGACGUCCUUUUCAUCAGAGUGGCUCUUUAAUUGAACGAAUAUUUUGUAAAUAAACAAAAAGUCUGCCUUCUUUUUGAACACGUGGCGAAUGACUGAACAUCCUCCCACAAACCUGUCCACCGGAACACGCGACUUUAGAAGAGUAAUCAGAGUAUUUCUGAGAGUAAUGGGCUGAACUGGUGAAAGGAGCGCGUGCUUGUUAACAGCUGGAGCAGAAAAACGUGCUCGUUUCUAUUUUAAAUGUGAGUUAGAAGCUGGAGGCCGCGUGAAGCUCCACGAUGCCCUCGCGUGGAGCAGCUUCAUCACCGGCUCCGUGGAGGAUGCGCGUUGCAGAUGUGCGUGACGCGGCUGCGGAGCGCGCAGCUCUCAGUCAGCGCUGACGUCGUGUCUCUGUAACGGAGGGCUUCUCGGGACGGGGAGGAGGGGGGGAGCGGGUUCAGUGAGUUCAUUGGGUUCAUUCUUGCCAGCACGGAUCUGAUCGCCGCCGUUAACGAGCCGCUGCGGCGCGGACAGCGGACGGACGAUGGAGGGAGGGGUACAGCCGACACGGCCGCACGGUCCAGCUUCACUUAAGCGCGGAGAAGUGAGCGCAUGAGUCCGAGGAAGCAGCCAUUUGCAGGUGAACGUGCAGCAGCCGCUCCGCCUCUGGAAUGGAGAACCCGCUUUGUUCUGCGGUCUGACGGCGGAACCGAACCAUGAUGGCCGAUGGAUUCUGCAGGGGCUCGGACAGGAGCAGGGCGAAGCCUUCGGCCGAGCCUGUGCCUAGGCAGGGUUACCCUGGGCCGUUCAUGCCGGCUGCGGCGCAGCAGCAGCAGCAGCAGCAGCAGCAGGGGACCGACAUCCAGGAGCUGGCCUCGAAGCGCGUCGACAUCCAGAAGAAGCGCUUCUACCUGGACGUGAAGCAGAGCGUGCGCGGCCGCUUCCUGAAGAUAGCCGAGGUGUGGAUCGGGAGAGGCCGCCACGACAACGUGAGGAAGAGCAAGCUGACGCUGUCCAUGUCCACGGCCCCCGCUCUGCGCUACUGUCUGGGAGACUUCAUCGAUUAUUACGCGCGCAUCGGGCUGCGCGGGCUGGCGGAGGAGCACGGAGAGCGCCGCCGGAAGGCGCCGGAGCAGCCCGCAGCGCUGUCCCCCGUGGGCUCCACGGGUUCCGACGAGCACGGACACCGCGUCCUGAAGAGCGAGUUCAUCGAGAGGGACAACAGGAAGUACUUUCUGGACCUUAAGGAGAACCAGCGGGGCCGCUUCCUGCGCAUCCGGCAGACCGUGGGCCGGGGCCACGGCACAAUGGGGUACUACGGCCAGGGCAUCGAGCAGACCAUCGUGCUGCCCGCGCAGGGGCUCAUCGAGUUCAGGGACGCCCUGUCGCAGCUCAUCGAGGAUUUUGGCAGCGAGGAGGCGGACGAGCACGGCCGCGCGUCCUCCCGCUGCCGCGCGCACAGCCCCGAGCUCCCGGAGGCUGCGUCCUUCCGCGUGGACAACAAGAGGUUCUACUUCGACGUGGGCUCGAACCGCUAUGGCGUGUUCCUGAAAAUUAGCGAGGUCCGACAGCCUUACCGGAACACCAUCACGGUUCCGCUGAAGGCCUGGGCUCGGUUCGGAGAGAACUUCAUCCGUUACGAGGAGGAGAUGCGCCGCAUCUUCUCCUGCAGCAAGGAGGGAGGAGCGGAAGCAGCCCGGCGGGACAGCACGGAGCAUGAGGACUGACGUCAGGCGCGGGUAGCGCGCGCCGCCGUCAACACGCCUUUGGACCGCGCCGCUGAGUCGUGAACCGUCCAGGUCAAACCUGCCAAGAAUAUCCAUCCGUCCACGGCCUUAACACCCCCCCCAACCCCCCCCCAGCCACUCCGCGCGCCUCAGCCCGUUCUGCACUGGGCCAGGUAGGGCUCUGCAGGCCACGCCCCCUCUUUGCUGUCCAGGAUGUGCUGAACAUAUCGUGUGAAGUUUAGUCCUUAGUUUUCCUUAAAAAACGAUUAAAAAGUUAAUGAAGACAAUCCCAAAAUGAUGACCCACUUUAAGAAUUUCCAAUGAGGGGGGACUGAUAGGGUUUUGGAGUCCCUUCGUCCCCCACGAACCCCUCCCUCGGAUGUGAACGUGGCCUGAACACUGAGGGCAACAACACCUGAGCUCCGUUCUGUUGAUGUGAAGGUGGAAGUAUUACCCAUCAGUCAUUCUGGAGGGUUUCUCCUUUUUUGUGUUUCCUAAAAGUCUCUGGGAACGGUGGGGGGGGGGGGGGGGGGGGGGGUCCAUCUCUAGGAAUUUACCUGGAGGUCGUGGUCAGGCGUCUGUUCUCUGCUGCUCAGGCUUUCGGGCUUGGGGGAAAGUUCAGGGCUGUGGUAGGUCUGCAAGUCUACAGGUCUGCAAGUCUACAGGUCUGCAAGUCUACAGGUCUGUAAGUCUACAGGUCUGCUAGUCUACAGGUCUGCAAGUCUACAGGUCUGCUAGUCUACAGGUCUGCUAGUCUACAGGUCUGCAAGUCUACAGGUCUGCUAGUCUACAGGUCUGUAAGUCUACAGGUCUGCAAGUCUACAGGUCUGCUAGUCUACAGGUCUGCAAGUCUACAGGUCUGUAAGUCUACAGGUCUGCUAGUCUACAGGUCUGCAAGUCUACAGGUCUGUAAGUCUACAGGUCUGCAAGUCUACAGGUCUGCAAGUCUACAGGUCUGCAAGUCUACAGGUCUGCAAGUCUACAGGUCUGCUAGUCUACAGGUCUGCAAGUCUACAGGUCUGUAAGUCUACAGGUCUGCUAGUCUACAGGUCUGCAAGUCUACAGGUCUGCUAGUCUACAGGUCUGCUAGUCUACAGGUCUGCAAGUCUACAGGUCUGCUAGUCUACAGGUCUGUAAUCUACAGGUCUGCUAGUCUACAGGUCUGCUAGUCUACAGGUCUGCUAGUCUACAGGUCUGCUAGUCUACAGGUCUGCAAGUCUACAGGUCUGCUAGUCUACAGGUCUGCUAGUCUACAGGUCUGCAAGUCUACAGGUCUGCUAGUCUACAGGUCUGUAAUCUACAGGUCUGCUAGUCUACAGGUCUGCUAGUCUACAGGUCUGCAAGUCUACAGGUCUGUAAGUCUACAGGUCUGCUAGUCUACAGGUCUGCAAGUCUACAGGUCUGUAAGUCUACAGGUCUGCAAGUCUACAGGUCUGCAAGUCUACAGGUCUGCAAGUCUACAGGUCUGCUAGUCUACAGGUCUGCAAGUCUACAGGUCUGUAAGUCUACAGGUCUGCUAGUCUACAGGUCUGCAAGUCUACAGGUCUGCUAGUCUACAGGUCUGCUAGUCUACAGGUCUGCAAGUCUACAGGUCUGCUAGUCUACAGGUCUGUAAUCUACAGGUCUGCUAGUCUACAGGUCUGCUAGUCUACAGGUCUGCUAGUCUACAGGUCUGGAAGUCGGCAGAUCUGCAGCUUUCACGUCAGAUACACUGAUGGUGUGUUUCUGUAGCUCCUGACACCAUCAGGCAGGAACCAGUGCCAUCCCCAACUGGGUUUGGAACCAGCAUCUUUUGAUCCACGAUGCAGUUUUAGCUUCCGCCUGUGGGGUCUGGAACAUCUCAGCUGGUGGUGGGCCUCAGAUGUCAUAGUACCUGGGGUUUAAUCGCGGUUCUGACUUAAGGCUCAGCAGGUCAAAUCCACCUGACUGCUUCAGGAUUGGGGUGGACCGGUCCUGAUCUGGUAUCUGCCAAUACUCCCCUCACACAGUGUUUCUUGUGUCCUUUCUGAUCUGGAUCAAGAUGUGUGGCAUGUCCAUUCAUUCCCAGUGAACAGAACCACUGGGUUAACAUGGUUAGAAUAGUGACCUGGUUACUCUGCACAGGGGUCUGGAUCAGCGCCACACAGACGGGUUGUUUGCACAAAUGUUGCACAGAAGUUAAGACUUAUUGUGACCUGGUCGGCAGUCUGGACUGUCUUUAAAGCUGUUGGUUCUGAGUCACAUUUACCAGUGCGGGUCAGGCUGGGUCCGAAAUAUAACUGCUGAGUGUUGGACUUUAGAGCAGCAGAAUGUGAACAGUAACCUCCAUUUGGUGACUGGACCGACCAGACAGGUUUUUCCCCAAUUCCGUCCUGACUCACCUUCUUCAUGUACCCAUUAGCACGAGCUGCCGGUACCAAACUCCAGCAGAGCGGUCCAGACUGGUUACUUUGGUUCCUGGUUAUAAUGUGCUGUGAUUUGGUGGAAAAAAAGUUCCCAAACUGAACAGAUUGGUUUGUCUGGUGUUCAGCAAGCGAAGCAGCUCAAAGCCUCUCACUGUCGCUGGAGCCUAUCCUAGCCCUGUUGGACAAAGGCGGGGUACCGUUUGAACGGGUCCCCAGUCCAUUGCAGGGUUAUCUCAAACACUUGAUGGUCAAUGUGCAGGACAUAAUAAACAGUUCAGAACCUGAAACAAUGGAGUUUAGUGGACUGACACAAUCGGUACACGAGAGCAGAACCUCAUAGAUGCAGUUUGGGUGGAGCUGGACCUUCGUGCUCUUCUGAACACGACCAGUUCUGCUGACUGAUGCAUCAGGGGAACAAACAGGGUUUGGUGGGUCAGAGUUGUUUGAGUUAAGCUCUGAGGAAGACACUUUUUCUAAUGAGGAAGAUGACGGACUUCAGAGCAGGAAGAGCCUGUGGGGCGGAGCUUGAGCACUGACGGUUUAUUGAUAAACAUCACGUUUAUCAUUGAAAGCACAACUUCCAUGACCAUGGUGGUGGAGUUUCAAGUGUGUGGGAGCUUCUCAAGGGACAGGUGUGUGUUUGCUAGGGAAGGGGGCGGGGCUUUAGACUGUCACACUUCAAAAUAAAAGCACUUUAAAACAAGGCACUUUGACCAGAAGGACUCUCCAUCUUAGAGUGCACGGUGACAAUCACGGAUGCGGGGUCGCUCAGGGUCCGUCAUCAUUUCCAUGUGUGCAGCAGACCACAUAAGACUCAUGAAACCCCAGAGGGUGAACGGAUCCGUUUGACCCGAACCAAGUCUAGGUGAAGUCUGAGGCGGAAACCCAGCCCACAGUUACCUUUAGGUGAACCUGAGUGAGAGACGAGCACAGCGGCGUGCGCGCUGGCAGGGGUCACACGCAGCUCGGAGCUCAGGCGGUCGUCUGCUGAGAGCUGCUCUGAAACCAGGAAAACCCAAAAAAGGAAGCACAGAACCGCUUCUGAUUCUUCCCCCCUUAUCACAGUUUCUGUGCACAGAGGCUCGUGCGUCAGUCAGGUGUGCCCGCCCGCCGUCCAGCCCCCACAUGAAGUGGUGGCGGUCACAUCGGGGAUGAAACAUUCCUCCUUGUCCUCCUCCUUAGGGUUCGGGCUGAAUUUGUCUCAGACACUUUCAGCUGAAACGGUUUGUUGUUUGGAAUUGGAACCAACUGCAGCAUCUCUGCUGGAAACGGAAACAACCGGACUAAACCCAAAAAUCAUGGUAGCGCGAAAAAUCUGUCUGUGUUUCGGAAGUUUGAAAGGGUCAAACCCAAACCUAAAAACCUUCAGAGGCUGGUCCAGAUCAUCUGGAAUCUGAGAAUGUCCCCAUUUAUUCUUCAAACAUUCACAGAUCCAACAGGUUUAUUGAGUCUGCUUUAAACUUAGGAGGGGAGGGGCUCGGGAUUUUUUUUUCCGAACUGCUGAUCACGCUCAGUCUGGGAUUACCCAAAAACUUUUCUCUAUAAUCUGUUGCAGGAAAAUAUUCAAACCCAGUUUAGAUAAACGGUUCUUAGAAAUCUGAUGGUUGAAACCAAACUCUAAAAGAACUAACUAGAACUUUCAAACCGGACAGAAGUGUCUUGGUUAACGCCUCCCAGCCCCGGUCUCUGUUCUUGUUUCCCUUGAAGUAAAAGAGUGAGGUGGGUCCUGUGUGUUCGGCACGCUCAUGCACGUUCGUGCACGCUGAGAGGUGUCAGUGCUGUGUGGUGUGUUGCCUUCAGUGUUGCACUGGCAGACGUGGAGAGUUUGCAUUCUGCCUAAAAUGAACUGAAAUGUGAUUUCCAUUCGUGUGGUUUGCUGGUGUGCUUCGUAGUCCCGUGAAGUAAGACUUAUGAAACAGAGAAAUGUUGUACUCUAGCACUUUCUUUAACGUGUACUGUAUCGAGCUCAUCUCCAUGUAAAGUACUGUAUGACUAUUCAUGACUUGCCUUGUUGAAAUGAUGAUAUAUUUAGACACGGUAAACAGGAGCAGAGUUCAAAGUGUGUGCAUGCUUGUAGUUGGGUGCCAGUAUAAUAGGGUCAAUAUGAAAAUGGUGCUAUGUAAUAAAGGUGCUUCAAUGGACCCCAGAUGAAUGCAUGUCAACCAGGAUCUAUAAAGAGAAGACACCGGGUGUCCCACUGCGUCCCAAACAAAUCCACCUCAAUUUGAACGCAGAAUUCAUGCUCAGAGGCUCGGCGGUGCCCCCCCUCAUCACCACCACGACUGUUCUACAAGCCAGAAACGACGUCUGCCGUGAGACGUUCAGAGGACCGUGCAGGCAGCCAUGGCAGCUCUGCGCUCAAACACUGCAGCAGACGUCAGCGGGGCCGGCCUGAAGGACCAGACGUUCCCGCGCAGAGGUCAUCUUUCAUGCAGCAGUUAUGAUGCCGCCAACGUCUCGGUCGGUCUGAAUCCACGCUGGAAGCUGCUGGUUGUUCUGGUCCAUGCUCUUUUUAUGGUUUUCAUUAAAUGUUUUCAGGAUGACAGAAGCUCUCCUUCUUCA